CGUUCACCGUUCACCGUUCAAUUGUCACCGCAAACGUGAAAUGUACUCACCAAUCACCUUUUUAAGGCUUGGUUAGUUGUGUUUUGAUAAGGGGAGUUUCGUUUUUGAACUAGGUAUCAAUGUAACCUAACAGUAUUCAGUUGUCGGACGUAAGUAAAUAAGAUCUCCGGGAUGGCGGGAGAGAAAGUUGCUCCCAGCUGAUCGGGGUGUGUAUGUCAUUACGUCCGCAUGGAAUCACGGGUUGGUUUCGGUGUGGUGUGGUGGUGACGUAACACUUAAAGGCAAGGGUAGAUGCGACCGGCUCUCAAUCGAGUGUUGUCUUCCCAGUCUGCUUGACGCGUAAUUCUGUCCGGUCCGAAAGUUUAUUUUUCUUUUAUCACGAAUGCUGCUGUUGUUCAUAUCGUUGGCCCAGGUCGUGGGGAUUUUCGCUUCGCAAGAUGAACCUCCGAUUUGGGAUGUUCAAGCUAAGUGUGAUAUUCCGAAUGAAGCUGAGCCGGGAUUUUGUACGAGUCCGCAGGCCUGUGAUGCCUUCCAGAAUAUCAUUGACGGUGCCUCUCCUGGACGAGUUGGAUUUAUCAAAGCCUUAGAAUGUAACUCAGCCAAUGAGACGAGUGUGUGCUGCCCUAGGAACGGUGCUAAUUAUACUUUUCCUGAAAUAACGGAAAACUUCACCUCCAAGAUACGGCUAGGGAAUCGGUUCAUUGACAACAGCUGUGGAUAUCAGGCUUACGAGGGCUUGAUUAAGGGAGUUAUGACGUCCAUCGACGAAUAUCCGUGGGCCGCUUUGUUGUUCUACAAAAAUGGAUAUCAGGGUUGUGGAGGCGUUUUGAUAAGCUCAAAAUUUGUGCUCACAGCUGCUCAUUGUGUCGCGGGAAGCGCUUAUAGACAGCAUGGUCCAUUAACAAAUAUUCGCCUACGAGAGUACAAUUUAGAGUCUGAUCCGGACUGUGUUAUCGUUAAAGAAGCUGGCAAAUAUUACGAGGAUUGUUCGCCGAAUAAACUCGAUAGGAAGCCGCGAUCUAUCAUAGUGCAUCCUCUCUACGAACCGGAUAGUUUCAACCAGUUCCACGACAUUGCCCUGGUAGAGAUCGACCCGGUUGGCGAAUACGAUGACUUCAUCCGUCCCAUUUGUCUGCCCGAAGGAAACGAGCUGGGCCGAUUAACGGCGGGAUCAGAUUUGAAUGUGUGUGGCUGGGGACGAACCGAUUUCUUUUCAGAAGGAUCCUCAACAACGCGGAAGAGUCCGAUCAAAAUGAAAGCCCAUCUACCGCUGGUAGAUCAGCGAACCUGUGAGUACUUGUACAGGGCACAGAAAAUUUCCCUGAUCUCGGGACAGAUAUGCGCGGGGGGUCGCAUCGGUCAGGAUUCCUGUGCCGGAGAUAGUGGAUCCCCGCUGAUGCUAUACAACGUCCAGACCGGACGAUGGAUCUUGGCUGGCAUCGUGAGCCGCGGAUCUUCUACCUGUGGACUCGAAGAUCGACCGGGAAUCUACACCUACGUUAAGGAGUACAUGCCAUGGAUUUUGCAAAACAUUAGAAAACGGUAAAGUUUAAUAAACAUUUAAAGAACGUGUACAGUGUCAGAUUUUAAGG